AUGUCUUCAUAAUCUAAUGUAAUUACAUAGUCACCCCUAAUUUCUCUGAUUUGUCUCAUUUCCUCCAUCGCUAGCUUAAGCCCGUAUCUAAUUUUAGUCAUUAUUCUUUUCCAUCAUCUUUGAUCUCUCGCCGGCGAGAUUCCGACAAACGAAGUGACAGAAACCAAGUGAAAGAAAGAGAUAACAUUUGCGAAGAUGAACACGAUAGCGAAGCGAGUCACGGGACUGCUGACUCGACCGAGUCAGAGCCAGAUGCAGCAGGAGAGAGGGAUAAGGGUGAAGGUGUUCUCGGGGGAUCUAGACAAGGCGCUGACGAUUCUGCAGAGGAAGAUGCAGUCGAGCGGGAUGGAGAGGCUGAUCAAAGCGCAGCAGACUCAUCACAUCAAGAACUCGGAGAAGAAGGUCCUCGCUAGGAAGAAUCUUGAACGCAAGAUCAAAUCCAUUGACUUUGCUCGCAAGCUACAGUCCAUCCUCAUCAAGAAAGUCAGAGGUUUAUGAGAGCCUGAGCUGCUGCUAUAACCAUUCAUCAUCUUUUUUAUCAUUACAUUUUCGGAGGAACGAGUGUUGAUCAGUGCUUAGUAUCUGUGAUAUAACACACUUGUGAUCCAUAAUUGUUUUUUUUUUUUUCGUUUUGAACUUGUUGAGGAAUGGAAUCAUUCUAUGUGGAAUUUGGUAUAAUCUUGGAAUACCAGUAGUUGUUUACUAUAUGAAUAAAUGCUCUUCUCUU